AUGCUUCAGGUCGCAGCAUUGACACCCGAGAGUGUGCCUCCGCAAACGCUCCAUCGAUGCCUCCAGAUUCCCGAAAUCAUCCUUCAAGUGUUUGCAGAAGUGGCGCUGCAGGACUCACCAAACGCGACGUUGGCGGCGCUGGCUCGAACGUGUCGCGUAUUUGAACAGCCGGCGUUGGAAUAUCUCUGGGCCGACCCUGGCCUUAACACACUGCAGUAUAUUCUCAGUUGCUUCCCUGCUGGCCUUUUCGCAGACUCGGCUCACAGUCUCCUCUCCCGCGACAUUCAGCGCAGUGACUGGGCGCGGCCUCAACGCUAUUGCAAUCUCGUUCGCACGUUCUCUGUGUCGCAUCGCGUAACACACAAACAAUUGUCCGCCCUUGCGCCAACAUGUCCCGAGAUUUUCCUUUUCCCGCGACUCUGA